ACCAAACCCAAACCCAACUCCAGCGUUCCAAGAUUCCCCAAAACCCACCCGAACCAAACCCAUGCUUCUUCUCCGCUUCUCUCCUCGAUCCAUCCUCACACCUCGCCGGCGCCGUCUCCUCUCCUCCUCCGGCCACCGUCCCCCACCUCCCACCGAAGAAGACGAAGACGAAGACGAAGACGAUCCCCACCCCUCCUCCCGUCGCCGUCAAUCCCUCCUCUCCGAUGCCGAUCAAAUCAUCUCCAUCCUCAAACAAGACGGUCUCGGCUUCGAAGCCCGCACCGCCCUCAACGAUCUCCAUCCAAAUCUCACCGCCGCCCUCGUUCACCUCGUCCUCCGCCGCAUCCACUCCUCCAUGACCACCGCCAACAAAUCCCGAUCCGCCAAACUCGCCUUCAAAUUCUUCGCUUGGGCUUCCGAUCAACCCCACUACUCCCACCCCACCCACAUCUACAAUCUCACCAUGAAGAUCUUCUCCGACGCCGACGAGCUCAAGAACAUGUUCAAACUCCUCAACGAGAUGACCAUCAGAGGCCUCCCCAUCACCGCUCACACUCUCCAAAUCAUCAUCUGCUCUUGCGGCCAAGCCGGCCUCGCCCGCAACGUCGUCGAGCGUUUCAUCCGUUCCAAUAACUUCAAUUUCCGGCCUUUCAAGUCCUCCUUCAACGCCAUCCUCCAUUCCCUUCUCACCAUCGAUCAAUUCCGUUUGAUCGAAUGGGUUCACCAGCAAAUGCUCGCCGCCGACCACUCCCCGGACACUCUCACCUACAACAUCCUCAUGUUCGCCAAGCUAAAGCUCGGAAAACCCACCGAAUUCUACAACCUCAUUACCGAGAUGGCUCACCGUGGCAUCCCUCCCGACCUCCACACCUACAACCUCAUCCUCCACGUCCUCGGCAAAGGCGACAAUCCCGCAGGCGCAACCAAGCUCCUGAACAACAUGGAAGCAGACGGUUGCCGUCCCAGUGUCCUCCACUUCACCAACCUCAUCGACGGCCUCAGCCGCGCCGGAAAUUUACGAGCUUGUGAGCACUUCUUCGACGAGAUGAAGAAGAACCACUGCGAACCAGAUGUAGUUUGCUACACAGUGAUGAUCAAUGGGUACCUCGUCGCCGGCGAGUUUGGGAAAGCACAGGAGUUGUUCGAUGAAAUGCUUGUGAGAGGGCAUUUGCCGAAUGUUUUCACUUAUAAUUCGAUGAUUCGUGGGCUUUGUGUUGCCGAGAAGUUUGAUGAAGCUUGUGCGAUGCUUAAAGAGAUGGAUGCGCGAGGAUGCACUCCGAAUUUCUCGGUUUAUAGUACUUUGGUUGGGAGAUUGAGGCGUGCUGGCAGGGUUGCUCAGGCUCGUGCUGUCAUUGGGUAUAUGGUUGAUAAGGGACAUUAUUUGCACCUUGUUUCCAAGUUUAAGGGAUACAGGAGAUGCUAGCGUGCACGGGCCGAAAACUAAUCACUCUAGCUCGUGCGUUUUCACCUGAUGACAUAGAGUUAGGGUUGUAGGACUGUAAACUUAUACUCACAACUGAGUAUUUUUUAUUAUCACUGUGUCUUAUAGGAUUUGAACUUGGAGUUUUUAAAUCCUCACAUAUGUCGCAGUGGGGUUAAUACUGUUAUUCAGGCUCGAGCUGUCAUUGGGUAUAUGGGUUGAUCAGGGAUAUUAUUUGCACCUUGUUUCUAAGUUUAAGGGAUACACUAGAUGUUAGCAUGCAGAGCCUAAAAAUUGAUCGUCUAGUGACACAGUGUUCAGAUUGUAGGAUUGUAAACUUACAUUUGAAAACUGAGAAUUUUUUACUAUCAUAUUACUUGAA